CUCCUUUUUCAUGAUCCGCCUCCUCAGCCUCCGUCAGCUCACAGGAACUCUCACCUGGACUCUAUCGGUUCACUUGAUACGGGACUUUGCUCCAGUCAUGAUUCGGGUUUCUUCGACCGCGUUUGUGCUUCUGCUGGUGGUGGCUGUAGCUGUGGUUAGGGCCAACUCUGGAGGCAGCCUGGUAAGAAAGAAAAGAGAAUGGAUUCUCCCUCCAAAGAAUCUGACAGAAAAUGUAGACUACACUCAGCAGGAAUCUAUCGCCAGGAUUCGAUCAGAUUUCGAAAGUGACGAAAUUAUUCACUACUCCCUGGAAGGCAUUGGUGCAAACCAGUAUCCCUUCCAUGUGUUUGUAGUCGACCCUAAAACUGGACUAAUUCGUGUGACAAAAGUGCUUGACAGGGAGUUCAUUGACACCUACAAUCUGUCAGGUAUUGCUACGAAAAGCGAUGGUACGAUGGUGGAGAAAAAAAUCGACAUACGAAUCAAAGUUGUAGAUCAAAAUGACAACGCUCCAGUGUUUGGAGUAAUGAAGGAUGGGGAGGUUGAUGAGCUCAGUCCUUCAGGGACAUCAGUUAUGAAAGUCACUGCAACUGAUGCUGAUGAACCAGGGAAUAAGAACUCUCAGAUCGCCUAUUCUAUCAUAGAUCAGAGCCCACCCCACGACAUGUUCUCCAUUACCAAUGAUGGGACCAUCUACGUCAAAAGGCCUGAUCUGGACAGGGAGAGAGCAGAUCAGUAUGUUCUGACAGUGAAAGGUAAAGACCUAAAUGGUGAAGCAGGGGGAAACACUGGAACCGGCACUGUUACCAUUAUGGUCCGAGAUGUGAAUGACAACCUUCCCACUCUGGAAAAAGAGGAGUAUGAAGGCGGCAUUGAGGAGAACACACAGGGUGUGGAGGUCAUGAGAAUCAAAGCAGAGGACCUGGACCUGAAGGGUACUGACAACUGGGAAGCUGUGUUUGAUAUUGUCAAAGGCAACGAGGCCGGGUACUUCAGCAUUACAACAGACCCCGAAACAAACGAGGGCAUUCUAAUGCUCGACAAGGCUGUGGAUUAUGAGAAUGUGAAGGACCUUCAACUGGGACUAGCUGUGAGAAACAAGGCUCUGCAGUUUAAUGGAGCUAGUGGUGCAAGUGGUGCAAGUGGUGCAAGCGCUGCUAGUGGGCCUGGAGUAUCAUCAUGGCAUAGUGGGACCACAUUUAAAACCUAUCCGAUCAAAAUCAACGUGAAGAACCAGCCUGAGGGGCCACGUUUUGACCCUAAGAUCAAAGCUAUUCCCAUCUCAGAGGGAGGCCACUCUGUCAACAUUAAAGAUGUCAUUGCCCGCUACCCUGCAAUAGAUGGAGACACUGGGAAACCAGCUGAGAAUGUCAGGUAUGCCAAGGGCUCAGACCCUGACAACUGGCUGACCAUUGACCCAGAGACAGCAGAGAUCAGAUUGAACAAGAUGCCUGACAGAGAAUCUCCAAUGCUGGUCAAUGGAACAUAUUUUGCUAAAGUGCUCUGCAUUUCAGAAGACAUGCCCGCUAAAACGGCCACCGGCACCAUAGCCAUCCAGGUGGAAGAUUUUAAUGAUCACUGCCCCACCCUGACCAGUAACAUCCAGACUAUGUGUACCACGGACGAAUCCAUUAUUGUGAACGCUAAAGAUGAAGAUGUAUCCCCUAAUGGACCUCCUUUUGACUUUUCCAUUGUCCAAGAAGGCACCCAGGGCAAGUGGAAGGUGGAACAUCUCAAUGACACUGCUGCUAUCCUGAGAGCUCAGGAGUCCUUGUGGCCUGGUCUCUACGAGGUGGAAUUUGUGGUGAGAGACGAGCAGGGAGAGGCCUGCCCAGAACCACAGAAAGUGAGAGUCCAAGUUUGUACCUGUGCGGAUGGAGUAGUGUGUGGAAUACGAGGUGCCAGCGGUCAGACCAGCAAAGGAGCAGAGUUAGGGUCUGCCGGCCUCGGACUGUUAUUCCUGGGCCUGCUGUUGUUAGCACUCAUUCCUCUGUUGAUGCUCUUCUGCCAGUGUGGGGGGAUUGGUCUGCCAGGCGGCUUUACUGAGAUGCCUUUCGACACUAAGUCACACCUCAUUAACUACCACACUGAGGGGCAGGGUGAGAACACGGACGUGCCACUGAUGAACAUACCAGCACAAGUGGAUGGAGAUAUCAUCACCAUGGAUAUGGGAAUGGCUAAAAAAGCAGCAAUGGGGCACUCAGUCACUUCCAUGGAUGGGAUGAACAGGGCCAUCUAUCAAGAACAUUUUGCACGUGACCAAAGAGAAGGAACAUGGGGGGUUCUGAACGAGGCAAGCGGCAGUGCCUUCUACUCUGAGUUUGAAGGCAGAGAGUCAAGAGGAGGUGGAGGAAUUUAUGAUGGCAUAGCGCUGCCUGACUACUUCCUGGGACAGUACUACACUCAGAAGCUGACCAAUGGAAACCAAAACCUUGGAGUGAAGGACAGUCUGUUGGUUUAUGACUAUGAGGGUCAGGGCUCCACUGCUGGCUCAGUGGGCUGCUGCAGCUUCCUGGAGUCUGACAGUGAUCUGCAGUUCCUUGAUGACCUUGGACCAAAGUUUAAGACACUGGCUGAGGUGUGCAGUGGCAAAACAAUCCCAUCUGAAGUCAAACAAGUUUUCACUUCUCUGCCCAGUGCAUCCAUAAACACUCAGACCUCAGUAUCAAGUUUGGUGACUGCCCCACAGCUGCCCCCUCCAGCUAAGCUUCAGUCGACUGUCCCCACAGUGGAGCAGACUGUGGUCAGGGAGACAUCUGAGCGUUCUCAAAUGGUGAAGGAAAGCACAGCCACAGUGAGGGGGGGUUUGGCAAAUCAAAGCCAAAUCCUCCUGCUACAGCAGCAGCAGCCUGUGUACUACACCACCCCUGUGCUGCAGCCAAUGCAUUAUGUAGUCCAGCCACAGGUUCAGAACACCAUGCUGUUAGCUGAGGCACCAGCCACCAACCUUCAGAGCAUGGCACUGGUUAACGACACCCAGACUGGACCUGCCCAAGGUGUGGUCAUUCAAGGGCAGACAGUGAUGUCUAGCGGCAGACAAUCCCAGGGCCCCAGCAUGGUGCUGGUGGAGAGGAGAGGGGUCGAGGGCGAUGCUACCAACCUGAUCCAAUCUGUAAACCUUCCUGGCUCCCAGACCAUGAUGGUUGUGGAAGGCAAAGUCCCUUGCUCAAUGAAAGUGCUGAAAGAAAGCCAGACCUGCCUUGUGAAUGAAGGUACCCUACAGCCAAGAGGGCUUUUGGGAUCUCAGAGAGUCCUGGUGGUUGGAGGGCAAACAGGCAGUGAAGGGCAGCAGAUCCAGGAGGCAGGAGGCCUGUCCAAGAGGUGUGACAUCUCUGGUUCUCAAAGAGUCCUCUCCAAUAAGGGCACAUCCACUGGCUCUCAGAUUGGUGUGGUGGGUUCAUCUACAACCACUGUGAGUGCAACCCCCACCUACCGCAAGAUGGUGGUGCGAGAGACCAGAGAAAUUCACUGAGUGAGAGACUGUUCCCCUGGCUCAGUCCACAUGGUGAUGGGAUGCUUGUACAUGCCAGUAUGUGGUCAAUAAACAACAAAAUGAAAUUAUGACCAUAAGAACAAGCUGUUCCUCAAAAGCUGCCCUGACUUAUCUAGUGACUUUUCGUGCUCCACGUCUCUACUGCUAUGGACCACAGCAUAAAGUCCUACUAUCUACAGGGUCUGUAGAUUGUCCACCUGCUCCCUUUCCCUUUAAAGAUAUCUGUAUUUUUAUAUAAAUAUACUUUAUUUUUGCCUUCUCUUACUUCACUUCUCUGUCACAGAAUGUAAACAGAAUCGUGUUUUGUUAAAAUCCCUUUUCAUUUGGUUGACUAAAUUACAUCCUCAUGUCAUUAUGUUUUAUCUUGUUUUAAUUGUUGUCUUAUGUCAUGGUUGUAUGCUAUCUUUUUGUUGUCUGUUUUAUACCAAUAAGAAAAGAAUAAAAUGUAAAUCUUUAAUCUUUGGGUUUUCAUGAGACUUAAAUGAUAGUUCAUAAUAUACACUCAUUCUAACCUUUACCCUAAAUAAAGGAUGUUCUCCUUUCACGUUUCAAAUUGAAAAACAUUGAAAAGCCUUUUGGAGCUACUGAGAUUGAGCACUGACAACUAAGAGCAUCUUCUCAAAUAUUGUAAUUGGGUAUGAUUUUGUAUUUUCAUUUUAUGGAGUUUUAAAAUCACUGAACAUCAUGAAUUGUUACAAAUUAUGUACACAGAGUAUAUUCUUACCAAAGUUUAUGUUGUUUUGCUGUUUUGUGGUGAUGCACUGACAUAAUGUGCCCAGUCAGAAUUUGCGCCAGAUCUGUCUUGUUAAUUAAACUGUGCAACAGCAA